AUGGAAAUAAUAGGCGAAAAACCGAGUGUAAAUUUUAAUUUUUUUGAUGAAGAAGCACAAAACAAUGGUAAUUUAAAUUAUUUAGAGAGUACAAAUAAUUAUGACAAAAGGGAAGACAUGGAUUAUUGUUAUUCAAAUAGAAGAAUCUUAUUAGACAAAAACAGUGAAAAUAGGAGGAAAGAAUCACCUAGUAAAAAACCAGGUUUAUGUGUAGAUGAAAUUUGCACAUGCGGGUUUCAUAAAUGCCCUAAAAUAAUAAAGCCCCUACCUUUCGAAGGUGAAAGCAAUUAUAGAAGUGAAUUUGGACCAAAACCAUUACCAGAAAUACUACCAAGAAUAGAAAGCAAACCUCAUAAAUCAUUGCCUUUUGAGGGAGAAAGUAACUAUAGAAGCGAGUUUGGUCCUAAACCAUUACCUGAGUUGCCACCAAGGGUUGAAACAAAAUUAGUGAAGUCGUUGCCUUUUGAAGGAGAAAGCUAUUAUCGAAGUGAGUUUGGACCAAAGCCAUUACCCGAGUUGCCACCAAGAGCUGUAACCAAAUUAGUGAAAUCGUUGCCUUUUGAAGGAGAAAGCUACUAUCGAAGCGAAUUUGGACCAAAGCCAUUACCAGAAAUACUACCAAGAGUAGAAAAUAAACCUCAUAAGACAUUACCUUUUGAAGGAGAAAGUAACUAUAGAAGUGAAUUUGGCCCCAAACCAUUGCCUGAGCUUCCACCAAGGGUUGAAACAAAAUUAGUGAAAUCAUUGCCUUUUGAAGGAGAGAGUCAUUAUAGAAGCGAAUUUGGACCAAAAGCCUUACCAGAAAUACUACCAAGAAUAGAAAGCAAACCUCAUAAAUCAUUGCCUUUUGAGGGAGAAAGUAACUAUAGAAGCGAAUUUGGUCCUAAACAAUUACCUGAGUUACCACCAAGAAUUGAAAAUAAACCUCAUAAGACAUUACCUUUUGAAGGAGAAAGUAACUAUAGGAGUGAAUAUGUAAGAAAAGUUAUUCCUAUUUGCCCAGUAAAUUUAUUGCCUAAAUACCCUACACCUACUUAUCCAUCUGAACAUAUAUUUUGGGAUGAUAUAAAACAAAUGUGGUAUUAA